AUGGCGGCCAAGGACGAGAAGCCAAAUGCAGCCAAGAAAGAGGACACACCAGCGGGGGCGGCCCCGGCUGGAGCUGCACCAGAGGGCCAAGAAGCGGCCCCACCCCCCACUCCUCCGCCCAUCGUGGUGAACAGAUACUCGGAUGAUCGGCUCCGGGCCAUCGUCAAACUCAUGAGAGAAAGACUGGAGAUCUACAAAGAGAAAGCCUCAGACCCGUACGCCUCUUCUCCAGAGAUCACUCCACCUAUCACUCCUAUUCUGGGCAAAGAAGAGUACGCCAGAGUGAUUGAGGAGCGAAAACGCCAAGCUGAGGAGGACCGCAUCAAGAAGGAGGAGGCAGAGAAGAAGAAGAAAGAGGAAGCAGAGAAAAAGAAACAGGAAGCAGAGCAGAAGAAGAAGGAAGAGGAGGAGAAGAAGAAAGCAGAGGAGGCCUUGAAGGAGGUGCCCAAAGUCCCACUCAAGAUCAGGGCCAAGGAGGCGUUCUGGUCCUUUGUGGAUAUGGGGCUGAAGCCAGUGGAGGACAUGACGGACUCUGUGCUCGGAGCGACCAUAGACCCUUUCACAGAUCGCCGGUACAUCGCCUGGCUGAGUCUAGUGACCAUAGCCGUUAACUAUAACAUCUGGUUCCUGACCGCACGGCUCUGUUUCCCAUACCAUGAGGAGGGGGCCAUUAAAUACUGGUUUGCCGUGGACGUGAUUGCUGACCUCAUCUACCUCACAGACAGCAUCAUCUUUCAGUCUCGCAAACAGUUCGUCAAAGGAGGAGACAUCAUAAAAGACAGAGUGAUGACCAAAAAGCACUACAGAGACUCAGACAGAUUUAAGUAUGACAUGUUGUCCCUGAUGCCCUUUGACCUGUUGUACUACCAGUUUGGCUUCAAAUCCAUUUUCAGAUUCAAUCGUCUUCUGAAGGCAGAGUCAUUCUUUGAGUUCAGUGAUCGUCUGGAAAGUAUAAUGGCGAAAGCUUACAUCUGGAGAGUGAUCCGCACCAUUGGUUAUCUGCUGUUCAUGCUCCAUCUUAACGCCUGCAUCUACUAUGUGGCCUCAGAUUAUCAGGGCAUUGGGAAAACCAAGUGGGUCUACUCUGGACAGGGCAGUGCGUAUCUGCGUUGUUACUACUACGCCGUCCGCAGUCUCAUCAACAUCGGGGGUCUUAACGAGCCCCACACCGUCUUUGAGAUUGCCUUUCAGAUGACUAACUUUUUCACGGGGGUCUUUGUGUUCUCCAGUUUACUCGGACAGAUGAGGGACGUCAUUUGCGCUGCCACAGCUGGUCAGACAUAUUUCCGAACCUCCAUGGACAACACUGUGGCGUACAUGGUCACCAACCGCAUCCCCUCACUCGUCCAAAACAGAGUCCGCACCUGGUACACCUACACCUGGGACGCACAAGGCAUGCUGGAUGAGUCUGAGCUGCUGGAUAAGAUGCCUCUUGUGAUGAGAACGGCCAUCGCUGUAGACAUCAACCUGGAAACAUUCAAAAAGAUCGAUCUGUUCAAGGGCUGUGACCAGCAGAUGUUGGUGGACAUGUUGCUGAGACUUAAGUCUAUUAUUUAUUUACCAGGAGAUUUUGUGGUCAAAAAAGGCGACAUUGGUAAAGAGAUGUACAUUAUAAAGGGUGGAGCAGUGCAGGUGGUGGGAGGACCUGACAACAGCAUCGUGUUUGUGACUCUGAAGGCUGGAUGUGUGUUUGGAGAAAUCAGUCUGCUGCAGUCGUCCAAAGAUGGAGGAAAUCGGCGAACAGCGAAUGUCAAAGCGUACGGCUUCGCUAACCUCUUUGUGCUCGAGAAGAAGGACCUGUUUGAUAUUCUGGUCCAUUAUCCAGAGUCACAGAAAGUCCUGGCCCGGAAGGGAAGAAAACUCAUGAAAUCCAAAGGUCCAGCUGCAGCUAAAGCAGAGGAGGAGAAGAAGAAAGGCCUGGCUCUGUUUGGACCCAAGCCCGCCACACCCAAACUGCUGCGUGCCAUCGGAGGAACCAUCAACAAAUCGAUCAUUGACAAACUCAAGACAAAAGCAUGAACUGGAC